UAUACCAUUUGUACCAUUUAACGCUGUUAAUUUAAUGUUGUUGACAGCGAAUACGGCAUUGCUUCUGCUAUUGGUUGUGAACUUGUGACUCAGCCCAACUUUCCUUCAAUUAUUUUCAUUCCCAAGUCGUAAACCCGCAACACCGACUUUACCCUGCCCGACAAACACUCGACUCCCCUUUAAAUAAUACGACAAAAUGGCUGACGCCGGGUCUGGGGAUGUCAAGAAGGUCGUAGUUGGUGGGCCAAAGCCUUCGAAGAAGGAUAAGAAGAGUAAAGCAGCCGGCGAAGAUGCUAGUGCUGGCCCCCUCGAGAUGACACCACCGCCUGAUUUCCUCAAGACACGUCUCGACUUAUUUGAUCGUUUAAAGAAGAAGUACGACGAGGAGAUUGCUAAGAGACCGCGAGAGCAAAUUACAAUUACCCUACCUGACGGUUCUGUCAAGAUUGGGACGAGCUGGGAGACCACACCUGGCGAGAUUGCGAAGGGUGUGUCGAAUAGUUUGUACAAGCGCUCUGUCGUCGCUAGAAUAGACGGAGACAAAUUAUGGGAUUUGGAGCGGCCUCUGGAACAAAGUUGCAAACUCGAAUUGUUAACCUUUGACGACCCUAAGGGAAGGGAAGUGUUCUGGCACAGCUCAGCCCAUAUCCUUGGCGAGGCCUGCGAGAGGAGGUUCGGCUGUUCCUUAUGUAUCGGGCCCCCGAUCGAUGAUGGUUUCUACUAUGAGAUGGCUUUACCCGGCGGAGGUGCUGUCCAGACAAGUGACUGGACGCCUCUGGAGCGUAUCGUUGGAGAUAUUGUCAAAGAGCGCCAACGAUUCGAACGUCUUGAGAUGACCAAGGAUGAGCUACUCCAAAUGUUCAGCUAUAACAAAUACAAGCAGCACAUCAUCUCCACAAAGAUUCCCGAUGGUACUUCCACUACCGUAUAUCGUAAUGGCCCCCUGAUCGACCUUUGCCGUGGGCCGCAUGUGCCUGACACUGGUCGAAUCGAAGCAUUCUCCAUCAUGAAGAACUCGGCAUCAUACUUUCUAGGAUCUCAGGAGAACGAUUCCCUCCAACGUAUUUAUGGCGUAUCCUUCCCGGAUAAGAAGAAGAUGGCAGAGCAUAAGAAAUUCCUGGAGGAGGCAGCUAAGCGAGAUCACCGAAAGCUUGGCAAAGAGCAGGAGCUCUUCAUGUUUCACGAACUCUCUCCUGGCUCGGCAUUCUUCUUGCCUCACGGUACAAGGAUCUACAACACGCUACUCGCAUACAUCCGAGAUCAGUACCACAAACGUGAUUAUCAUGAAGUCAUUACUCCCAACAUUUUCAAUUCGGAGCUUUGGAAGAUUAGUGGACACUGGGAGUAUUACCAGGAGGACAUGUUUGUCAUAGAUCUGGAUAAGGAGAAAUGGGGCCUGAAGCCCAUGAAUUGCCCAGCCCAUUUCCUCAUGUUUGCUCACAGUCCCAAGGUAUAUAGUCAGCUACCAUUGCGUCUCGCCGACUUUGGUGUCCUCCAUCGCAACGAGGCGAGCGGUGCCUUGUCAGGCCUUACUCGCGUCCGUCGUUUCCAGCAAGACGAUUCCCAUAUCUUCUGCCGACUCGACCAGGUCACAAGUGAGAUUUCUGAUUUGUUUGAUUUCCUCUCCGAGAUGUAUGGCCUCCUAGGAUUUACCUUCAAGCUUCAACUAUCUACCCGCCCCGAAAAGUUCAUGGGCCAGAUUGAAACUUGGGAUAAGGCCGAGAGUAUGCUAAAAGAGGCUCUUAACGGGUUUGCGGCUGGGCCCAGUGGCGCGUCUUGGACUCUCAACGAGGGGGAUGGCGCCUUCUAUGGACCUAAGAUCGAUAUCAAGAUCUUAGACUGUCUGAACCGAGAGUGGCAAUGUGCUACAAUUCAACUUGACUUUAUGGGCCCCGAGAACUUUGGUCUCGAAUAUGUCACAGCUGAGACGCACGCUGCAAAACCCAAGCAGGAUGAGCCUGCUGCAGAGGUGGCGGGAGCUAAAGCAAGCGAAGUCCAACCGGGUAACGCGGCCCUGGCGAACCCAGGCACAGGUGAGAGUGGAGCGAAACGGGAGAGGGCAAUCAAGCCCUUGAGUCCCGGCUGCGCACGCCCAGUUAUCAUUCAUCGUGCUAUGGCGGGAUCUAUAGAGAGAUUCAUGGGUAUUCUCAUCGAGCACUUUGCAGGAAAGUGGCCCUUCUGGCUGAGCCCGCGUCAAGUGAUGGUUAUCCCAGUCGGAAUGGGCUUCAUGUCAUAUGCACAAGAAGUUAGGGACAUUCUCAAGAAAGAGAAGAUAUUCGUUGAUAUCGACACUAGCGGAAACACGCUUCCCAAGAAGGUUCGAAGUGCACAGUUAGCACAGUACAACUUUAUAUUCGUUGUCGGGGACGAGGAGAUGAAAGGUCGACAAGUGAAUGUGCGAUACCGAGAUGAUACAUCUACCCAGGACCGGGGUAAGCCUGUGCCCCUAGACGAGGUGAUCGAGAAGUUACGAGGAUUGCAGGUCGACCGAGGCUCGUAUAAUCCCUUCCCGUCGGAGAAACAGGCAGAUAAGAAGGCGGCAUGAGUUGACACUCAGAUCCGCUAAGUAGAUGCCGAUAGACUAUAACGAGCUGUUGAGCCUAACACCGUACAGCAUGGCCAAAAUAAAAGAUAGUUCUGAAGUUGCUAUACGCUGAGGAUGUAUUCUAUUUUUUAGGAUGCUAUUCCUAACUAGGCUCUCUACAUAUAUAGAUAUCUGCCUUGAAUUCGGGUGGGGCUGUGUUGAAAAUAUGGCGGUUGUGUGUGGUGUGGUGUUUUGACAAAGAUUGAUAAUGGUGUUCUGCAACUGCCCUCUAGUAUGUUGCAUACGCUAUACGCAAGCUGACUACUAACAGGGCAAGUAAUACAGUUGCUAUAAAAUGUCCAAUGAUAGACCUUUUAGUAUAAAAUUAUUAAAUCUGCUAUCAACAUGAGCUAAUGCCAUUGAAGCAUGGCUGAUAUCUGGGAUCGUGUAUAUAUGGUUUCUCUGAUCUCUGCAGCCUAUGAUAUCUUAUAAACUAGGUAGCUUCUCAGCCCUG